CCAUUAUACUCAUGACACAGUUUGUGUCCAAUUCCCUACACACCAGCAUGUGAAGAAGCAUGUUUCCAAUUCUCAACACACAUUUCCCAUGGCAUAUACUGUGUCUGCUUCCAUCCAUGUUGAUGAUUUUCCAAACUUGUUUUCAAAGGUUCUGUAGAGGAUGUGAAAUAGUGUGUGACUCUUUGAAGUUUAAUCAUGGUACUACAUACAUUGCUGUGGACUGGGAACCCACAGCGCUGCAUCUUAGGUACCAAUCAUCUCAGGAAAGGGUUGUCAAGGAUCACGAGAGUGUUGAGAAAAGUCACAAGUUACAAACAGAACCAAUUGAUUUAGAUGAAUGUUUACGAGCAUUUACAAAAGAAGAGGAGCUAGGAGAAGAUGAGCUGUAUUACUGUUCAAUGUGCAAGGAACACAGAUUAGCUGCAAAGAAAUUAGAAAUAUGGAGGCUGCCACCAAUUUUGAUUGUUCAUAUGAAAAGAUUUCAAUUUGUAAAUGGGAGAUGGGUCAAAUCACAAAAAAUUGUCAAAUUUCCAAAAGAAGAAUUUGAUCCAUCAAACUUCCUUGCUCCCAGAGAAAUACCCCAAACACCGUUACUACCAGUGACGCCAAAAAAGACAGUACCCGAGAAAGGGGUUGUACCUGAGAAGGGGGUCGUACCUGAGAAAGGGGUUAAUGUUAGCGCAAUCAAUAUGAAUGAAGACCAUGCAAAUAAAUAAUCAAAAACAGAAAGUGGACAUACAGCGGGGUCCCCAGCUCACAGGGGAACAUCACAAAAAAGUUCAUCUGAGAGAGAC